UUUUGUUCUUAUGUCCAACUGAGUGGAGAUGAAAGCCAUUGUUGUUUUACAUCCUGAGAUUGUCUGUCUCAGGAACGCGCAAUUUGCCUGCUGUUUUAUGUUUGUUACUCAAGGGCCCCCAGAGUGAUGUCCCCUCCUCUGAUCCGUGUGUUCCAGGAUGAGGACUAUGACGAGGUCAGGGAGGUGUACUCCACAGGGUUUGGGGAGCAUCUCAACGCUGUGUGCAUCCAGACCCUCAGACAGACCUGGGUGCAGCUGGCCCUGCUUGUCUUCCUGUGGGGCGUCAGCUCCCUGUCCGGGUCCCUCUCCUUCGCUGGUGUCUCCACAGCCCUGCUGGUGCUGGCUGGGCGGGAGGGCGUGAGGUACCUCUUCAACCAAGGCAUCAGGCUGGGGCUCCGAGAGGACCUCCUGGAUGUGAGAGCCAGCUACAUGCAGGAAGGAGCUGUCUCCUGUUUCUGGGUGGCCGAGAGCCAAGGGAGAGUGGUGGGAACGGUGGCCAUCCUGCCAGCCCCCUCUCAGCCCGGAGCCUGGGAGCUGAAGAGGAUAUCAGUUCGGAGGGAGGUCAGGGGUCGCGGGAUCGCUAUGGCGCUGUGUGGGACGGCUCUGGCGUUCGCUGCGGCCCGUGGGGUGAAGGAUAUCGUGCUGUACACCUCCAUGCUGCAGACAGACGCCCACAAGCUGUACCACCGCAUGGGCUUCCACAAGAUUGAAGAGUUUUUGUGGCCCUCCCUACCGGCCAGACUCAUCAACUUCAUGGUGUAUAAAUACGGAUACAGGGUGCAUGCUGGCCAGGAGGCUCAUUCUGAGAAUGAACAUUACACCAAGAGUCAAUAAAUAAUGCCAUUUGCUCUAUGACAAGCAGUUUUAUAUUUUUUCUCAUUUUUUUAUUUUGUAUUGUCAUUUAACAGUAUUAUUUCCAAUAUUUUGUUGUACUAUUCUGAAUAAAAAUGAUUCUGUAUUAAAUGUU